ACCGUGAGCAGAAGGUGAUGAAGAAACAAUCCCGGCAGGCGCUACUGCUCUGGUGCAGAUAAGGGCAAAUAGACAAGGAGGCGGUGAAUGACGGAAAAUUCAUACGCUCUUCUCGCGGCUACCUUGGCCGGGUGCGGCGGCCGGGGCGGAAGCAGAGACAAUGCCAUGAACGCUUCCGUUAUGAACUCGUUCCGUUUCUCCAUGGUCUUCGACAUGUUAGCUCUCCAUGUCCGCGCUCAACCGGAGAGUGGCAUCUCAGAGUUCUUCGAAUUAUGCAUCUCCCUUGCUAGACACAUUGAUUUUUCCAUUGCAAGUAAGAAAGUCCCAACUAAAGCGCCAGAGUUGCCUUCACUUUUUAAACAGGUCUGCCAACGAAAAUAUGACCCUACUAUGGAAAUUGCUAUAAUGGUUCUAAUGGCUUCUGCAAAGAGUGCUAGUCAGAGUGGGUGGUUUUCUGAAAAAGAUUCUCAAGAUAUAUGCCAUCUUGCAAAUGAGAUAUCUAGUAACAUCUGCAGUACUACAGAUUUUAAAAGUGAGGCUAGUGGUUCUCUGUCCAUUAUCUCAACAAUUAUGACAAGAUUUUUCCCCACAACGAAAAUGGGUCAGAUACUCGCCUUUCUAGAAGUCAAGCCAGGAUUUGGUGCAUUUGUGAAUGCCUUUCACAUAGCGAGGGAUGUGGAAUUUUCUCCCGAAGAGAAGAUAAUGUUACUUGUAGCCCAAACAGAUAAUAUGGAGUCAUCGUCUUGUCUCCUAAGCCCCCCUCAAGUGAACUUUCUCAUCAACGGGAGUGCAGUUAAAAAGCGAACAGCAGGAUUUAUGGACUCUGGACCUCAAGCUCCAACACUGAUCUCAAAUAUGCUUGAGUGUGGAGCAAAUCUUCUUCAAGCUGUAGGCGAGUUUAACGGAAAAUACAUCAUCGUUGUUGCAUAUAUUAGCAUGAUGUCAACUCCAGAUCCUGCCACCCUUCAAAAUUAUGUGCUGCCUGCUCCUGCUUUGGAAGAUCCUGAACUGGAUAUAAUUGUGGGACCAUCAAGAAUAUCCCUCAACUGUCCCAUAAGCUUCAAGCGUAUCAAGACUCCUAUUAAAGGCCACUCAUGCAAACAUCUUAAGUGCUUUGAUUAUGACAACUAUGUGAGCAUAAAUUCUAAAAGACCAUCCUGGCGUUGCCCUCAUUGCAAUCAGCAUGUAUGCUUCACUGACAUCCGUGUUGAUCAAUCUAUUUUCAAGGUUUUGAAAGAAGUCGCAGAGAAUGUCACUGAUGUGAUAAUCUAUUCAGAUGGUUCAUGGAAGGCAAUUAUGGAAAGUGAUGGUGAGCAUCAUAAUCAUCCCAAUAAUAAUAGUAACAAAAAGAUGCCGGAUACAAGCCCCGAAUUUGCAGAGGGUGAAAUGGUGCCGCCAUAUUCUAACCCACACGUAGAUAUUUUGGAUCUCACUGCAUUAGACAAUAAUGAAAAGGGUACAGAGGAGGAAAUUGUGGACCAAAAAGAAUCACAAACCAAAUACCAAGGUCAACCUUGCACAAACUACUAUCCAUUCAACAUUGUCGGGGAUCAUUUCUGGUCAACAACUUUUCUCUCCACAUUUGGUUUGGGUAGUGCACCAAAUCAGCAGACCACUAAUAGUAUUCCAGCCUCUAUGAUACAUGGUGGGGUUGGAGGGCCUUCUCCCAGAAAUACCUUACCCUUACACUGGCCCCAAUUUUGUAAUUCACCAAAUUCUCCGUUUAGCUAUGGAAUGCACCAGCAGUUUCCCACAAUCCCUUAUAAUGUGAAUACUCUCCAUGAGUUGCAGCAGCUACACUGUUCAUUCCCUUCUUCUGCUCACCCCACUCAACAAUUAAACUCAAGUCAGAGGACACCCUAUUUGACUAGUCAAUCUCAACGGGCCCCUGCUCAAUCAUAUGUUUCAAGUGGGAUUGGUCGGUCAAAUGGUGCUUUCCAGCACAGCAUGCAUGCUCCUCGUCCUCCUUUAGUGAACCCAACACGAGGUGAUCAAAGCGGGAACAUAGUGGGCCGAGUACCUGUUGAUUCGACAGACUGGAGGCCUGCGAGCCGUAUGCGUGGUAGCCUAUCGGGACAAGCUUAUGAUGAUGCACUUAACCAGUACCUCAUACAUCAUCAGCCGCGAGCUCAGUCCAACACACCAGCUAAUGUCUCGCCCCAAUUACAAGCCCUCAUUGCUAACAGAGUUGGUCAUGCAUCUGCUUCCUUGGUAAACCACUCAUCUACAGGAUGAAACCGUAUAGAAUGUUUCCAUUUUUGCUCCUUUAUUUAUAAAUAUCACACGUCAAAAGAAAGGAAUAUAUCGUCUAUAGUUUUAGAUUUUUGUGAUUAGCCGUAGCCAAAUGAAAUCCACUGAAGUAUUUAAACACACAUAUGUUUGGUCUUAUUUAUUUGGUUUGUAAUGAUCAAUAUUUUUGCAUUAUCAAUAUCAAGCAUAGGAUUCCACUUAUCUUUAUUUGCGUGUAAUUUCACUAUUCCCAAAUUUAGGUGAUGGGAGCAAAAGAUAUUCCUCAUAUUUUGGGUUGCUGAGAUAAUAUAUUGAAGAGUCCUGCAAAUGCUCUUGCACCUCAAUUAUAUAUACUUCUAUUUGCAAGUCCUUAACAAGACACUGUUACAUCUCAUUCUUUUACCCUUAUAGUUAUAUGUAUAAGUGUAUAACAAAGAGCAGC